GAAGCGGAAGCAGAAGCAGAAGCAGAAGAAGAAGAAGAAGAAGAAGAAGAAGAAGAAGAAGAAGAAGAAGAAUAAGCAGAAGUAUAUUUCGGCGCCCAGUAUAAUGAACAUCCCCGCGCUGUUGAGAGCUGUCAAUUAACAGCAGUGUGUGUGUAUGUUUUGUCCUCGCUGACUGAUUCACUUCUUCAGUGAUGGAGUACGGGAAGGAGAGAGUGGUGGCGUUAGUAGACAUGGACUGCUUUUACGUCCAGGUGGAACAGCGGCUCAAUCCAGCUCUGAGGAACACUCCCUGUGUGGUGGCCCAGUACAAGACGUGGAAAGGAGGCAGUAUCAUAGCUGUGAGUUACGAGGCCAGGGCCAAUGGUGUCACCAGGAACAUGUGGGUGGACGAUGCAAAGAAUCUGUGCCCAGAUCUCCAGGUGGCACGAGUGCGCGAGUCUCAUGGCAAGGCAGACCUGACGUAUUACAGGGAGGCGAGUGUGGAAGUGAUUGAGGUGAUGUCUCGCUUUGCUGUGAUUGAGAGAGCCAGCAUUGAUGAGGCCUACAUGGAUCUGACUGCUGCGAUCCAGCAGCGGCUGAAAAACAUGGCCGACAAACAAAUUGAUCCUCACAUGCUGAGGACAACCUACAUCCAGGGGUACCCACAAAGCUCACCUGAGCAGGAAGCAUCUGCAAAAGACGCUGCCUUGGAUAAAGAGGAGCAGAGGUCCAGAGGUCUCCAGCAGUGGCUGGCAUCCCUGCCUGUCCCUCCAUUAGGGGAGCAGAGCUCCGCAGAACUGCAGCUAACUGUGGGGGCCCUCAUUGUCGAGGAAAUGAGGGCUGCCGUGGAGAAACACACAGGUUUCCGCUGUUCAGCAGGGAUAUCGCACAAUAAGGUAUUGGCCAAACUAGCCUGUGGUCUGAACAAACCUAACCGACAAACGGUUCUGCCUUUGGACUCUGUGACAGAACUUUUCAACUCUCUACCCAUCAGCAAGAUCCGUAACCUGGGGGGUAAGCUGGGUGUCUCCAUUACAGAGACUCUAGGAAUAGAGAACAUGGGAGAUCUGACUCGCUUCUCUCAGGCCCACCUGGGACAGCAAUUUGGAGAAAAGACAGGCCAGUGGCUGUAUGACUUGUGUCGGGGGAUUGAGUUUGAAGCAGUAAAACCCAGACAACUUCCUAAGUCCAUUGGCUGCAGUAAAAACUUCCCUGGGAAGACAUCGCUGGCUACAAAAGAGCAGGUACAGUAUUGGCUUCAUCAACUGGCCCUUGAGCUGGAGGAGAGACUGACCAAGGACAGAGAAGUGAAUGGUCGCGUGGCUAAGUUGUUGACAGUUGGGGUUCGUCAGCUUGGGGAUAAGAGGCUGAGCAGCUUCUCUCGCUGUUGUGCUUUAGUGCGCUACGAAGCCACCAAACUGUCGAGUGACAGCUUUGCCAUUAUCAAGAGUCUCAACACAGCAGGAAAUCACCAGGCAGCAUGGACUCCACCCCUCACCUUGCUCCACCUCUCAGCUAGCAAAUUCAGUGAUGCUCCUUCUGGGGGGAUUGCUGGCUUUCUUUCCAGUGAUGUCACUUCAACCCAGAGUCUUUUCCCCACCACUCAAUCCUCCACCCAGCCACCCUCUGAACUGAAAAAUGACUCCAGAUGCAAACAGCCCGGCAACAUCCAGUCCUUCUUUCAAAAGGCAGCUGAGAAACAAAGACAGAAGGUUACAAAAAACGUAGAUGAGGAGGAUGACGAUAUAGGCUUCACAGGAAUUCUCCCAUCUUCCUCCUCUCACAAACCCUCUGCAUCUGAUAGUCAGUUGGAGACAGAUACCAAUUGCCCUGUUUCUUUUACACGUUUUUCUCACUCUAAAAAUGGUUCAUCCAUCCCUCAUUCUGGCAUUACGUCAUUCUUCCACAAGAAGACUCUUGAAAAAAGUUUACAGGCGUCAGCCUCAACUUUGAACAAGCUGGAAAGCGGACAAAUGCCUGGGCCUGUCAAAAAAGAAGACUCUGAAGGCACCAUUGCUGCUGUGUCAGGCCUACAAGCAAAACAUAGCUCAGGGUUUACGUCUCACCAGUCGCCAUGUGAAGAGUUAAGGGAUGAACUGGACAUUGAUCCAGAGGCAAAUCACCAUCCUCCCAGUGUGGCCAGAGAAGACCUGUUAAACUGUGAACGCUGUGGCCAGGAGGUUUUGGUCUGGGAAAUGCCUGAACACAAUGACUAUCACUUUGCUGUGGACCUCCAGAAGUCACUCUCUUCAUCCACAGGUUCAGCAACCAUCUCUUCCUCUUCCUCCAACAUCUCUCCUUCUUCCAGUGCCUCUCUAACUCCCCUCAGAGUAGGAGCAGCAGGCUUAGCCCAGUCCUCCAGGGGCAAGACAAAAACCAGAGGCCAGUCAGGACCCCAACCAAAAAGGCAUCGCUCCCAAGGUGGACUUACGGGCACUCUGGAUUCUUUUUUCAAGAGGAACUGAAGAUGUGCUGUAGAACUGCAUUUUUAUUUUAUUUUUUUAACUAAAUAAAAUAUCCUAAUGAUCAAUGUUAUUGUGCUUUUAUAUUACAAGAAUGUGUACAAAUUAAAGAACAUGUUUUAUUUA